AAACUGGUCCAACUCAAAGCCCUCCAGCUCGCCCAGCUAACAUUUCGACAACAGGAGAGCCAGAUCUCAAUGAGACUGUAGUUGGGCCAGAUACAUUCUUAAGAGUUAAUAUGAACUUAACUAUGACUGGCAGCCCUACAUACCCAAAGGAUAUCAUUGAGAAAUGGGUGAAGGAAGCUCUGGAAGGUGAAUCGAACCAUGCUUGUACUGAAUCUAAACAUAAAGGAGAAUGUCGGCAGGAACAUGGAACAAAACAAUGGACAGACAACUUCCUACAACCAACAAAAACAAUACUACUGUACCUUCCAUGUUCAGGAAUACAACCUCAACAGUGCUGCAGAAAUUAGAGCUUUCAUUAAUGCUGCACUGACAUCAAAGUAUGCAAAUGGAUCCAUUGUAAUUCAAGCUAUGGAUGUGGAAAUCAACCACAUAGUGCCAAAAAAUUGCUUGGAAGAAACUACUUCAACUAUCUAUGGGGAGUAUAUUUGGCCUGAAGCAUUUCCACAAGUCAAUCAAGAAAUGGCAUGCAAAAAACCAAAGUCAGAAAGAGCUUACAGGCUUUGUAAGUUACACAUUGAAACUGACACGACCAGCUGGGCUGAGCCUGAUAUGAGACACUGCAACCAACUUGUGAUCAUAUCAGACCUUGACAAUAUUACAGUCACUGCUGGUAACGGAGCUGAAGUUGUGGACAUAAUUCAGGACCUUGUGGAUGUUCAGUUAGGUAACAGUGACAGGCUCACUUCUUCUGAGUUGAAUUCAGUAGUGGAGAAGCUCAAUGAAGUGGUUGAUGUCAGUGUCAUCCGGCCUGCUGUUGGUGCUGCCAUUGUCAAUAUCAUUGCUGAUCUCCUGCUUUCCAAGACUAAUGUCACACCUGUGGCUAAUAAUAUCCUUAAUCUGACAGAUAGAAUGGGGGACAAUAUGGAUUUCCAAGGUGAAUCUGUAAGUGUAACAGCUCCCUCACUGGCGCUUUCCAUGAUAAACGCAGAUACAGAUAGAUUCAGUGGCCUCACCUUUGGCGCAUCAUCAGUUUCAUCUGUCCUGAUUCCAAAGACCUUUGUGAACAAGAGUUUUGUGAGUGAACCACUCCCAAACACCAAUGCAACUAUCUCUCUGCCCUCCACGCUCUACAACUUUUUCACAAAAAACACAAGUCGUGUUCAGUUUCAGUUUUAUGGAACAAAUGACCUCUUUCAGGACCCAUACAUGAAUGCAACACAGAGCAACUGGACAUUGAACUCCUUUAUAGUAUCUGCCAGUAUCAAUAACACUCAUGUCUUCAACCUGACGGAUCGAGUGGUGGUGACCCUCACUCAUCAAAAUCCCAAACUGUCAGGAGACACAGUACAAUGUAUGUUUUGGGAUUUCCAGAAGAACAGUGGGCAGGGUGGUUGGAACAGCAGAGGUUGUGAAACGCGGAGUAUUUCUUCUUAUCAGACCAGCUGUCUCUGUGAUCACCUCACACAUUUCGCUGUGCUCCUGGAUGUAUCCAGAACCAACACCAGUGAGACUGACAGUCUGAUUCUGACUUUGAUUUCAUAUCUUGGUUGUGGUAUAUCCUCCAUCUUUCUGGGCAUCACUCUACUCACCUACCUCACUUUUGAGAAGCUGCGUCGGGACUACCCAUCGAAGAUCCUCAUCAACCUGUCAGCCGCCCUGCUGGGGCUGAGCAUGCUCUUCCUUCUUGACUCCUGGCUCUCAUCCUUCUCCAACUACGGCCUGUGCAUUGCCACCGCUGCAACGCUGCACUACUUCCUGCUGGCCUCUUUCACCUGGAUGGGCCUGGAGGCCAUACACAUGUAUCUCGCCCUGGUCAAGGUCUUCAACACAUAUAUUCCUUCCUACAUCUUCAAGUUCUGUGCUGUAGGAUGGGGUGUCCCUCUGGUUAUAGUUAGCCUGGUGCUGGCUAUAGAUAAAGAUGCUUAUGGCAACGCUAUCGCUAAAGAGGCUACAGUCAUUGAAUCCAGUGACCCGUUCUGCUGGCUGCAGAAUGAUGUCUUCUUCUACGUGACGGUGGUGGCAUUUGUUCUUCUGAUCCUGCUGUGCAACACCUCUGUGUUCAUCGUGGUUCUGAUCCAGAUCAGACAGAUGAGUGCCAAUAUGCCCUCAGCAAACAGCCGCAGCUCCCUGCAGGACUUGAGGGCAGUGGCCAGUCUCACCGUUCUGUUAGGCCUGACUUGGUCAAUGGGCUUCUUUUCCUUUGGGCCGGGUAGAGUUGUUCUGAUGUACCUGUUCACCAUCUUCAACACUCUGCAGGGGUUCUUUGUUUUUCUGUUCCACUGUUUGAUGAAGGAGAAUGUGAGGAAACAGUGGAGAAUCCACCUCUGCUGCGGACGUUUCAGACUUGGUGAUUACUCAGACUGGAGCCACUCUGUAACAGUGGGUGGUCGCGGCAAAAAGAACAAUCUUGUUAACUCUAACUCUGGCGCCUCUAACAGCACCUUCACCAUCAGGAAGGUCUCCGACUCCUCCACAAGCUCAGUGCAAAAUCAUCACCACUAGGGGGCAUGAGUAGGCCGUUCAUUCAUUCAUUCAGAGAUGAACCAUCUCUGUUGUAGACUGCUCUUAAUGUAUAACUGAGUGGUUAAAGCCUGGAAAAAUAUUCUUCUCUGUGUGUAAAAAUAGUAAAGUGAUGUAAUGUAAAUGUAAUGUAGCAGUGGUGGUUGUAAGAUGUUUUCAUUUAAAUGGAAUGGAAGGGAAACUGAAUGAAAAGGACAGUCUCUGAGAGCAAAAGUAUUUUGGUUAUUUGUAAGACAUUAAACCAUCUUUCUAUAUAGUUGCUCUCAAAUUUCAGUAAAAUUUAUUCCGCUGUUACUGUGAUUAAAACAACAACAAAAACAUCAGUUUUGUUGAAACCUUCUUUUGUGAUUUAAUGUUUCCAGUAUACUUUUGUCUUUGUUUUGCACAUGAAAUCUGCACAAUGAAAAAUAAAAGAUAA